UGUCAAGUACUGUCUUGAUCCUGUCAAGUUGCCGUUGUUUUGUAUUGUGCCAUUUUGUACCAUAAUAUCUUUAAUUUCGUCCACAGAAAACUCUUAACUGUUUUAAAAUGCUAAUAUUGUUGUAUGGCCGGUGAAGAUUCAUUGCCAAGGUUAUCGUAAAGUGUUAUCAUGUGGGUUAAGCCGCAGGAAGUGUUUAUAAAAACUGCGUUGUGGGAUAGUGAUGAAACGACGCUAUAUUUCGUACUUCAGAGACGGAAAGGGCAUGGCAAGUCAGCGGGGUUGUCUUCGUUGCUCGUCAGUACGUUCGACAGUGUCCGAGAUACAAAGCCUGCCCCAUACCGGAUACUCCACCAAACUCCCAAUUCGGAAAUAUAUUAUGUUAUAUCGUCAGCCCUAACGGAACAAGAUAUUCGUCAAGAUUGGCAGUGGUUGCUAGACAAUGUUUGCCCCACACUACAUUCCUUUGAUACUGAGGAGGAGAUCACCGAGUUUGUUUGUUGUAAAAUUAACUCGAUCAUUGCUACGGAACAAGAAAACUUUACAGAAGAUGAGGAUACAAUAACAUACAAAAAUGUUGUGUAUGAGUUCCACCAAAGGUUUGGAAUGCCGAAAGAUGAAAAAUUGGUGUGUUAUUACUCCUGUAGUUACUGGAAAAGCAAAAUGCCCAGACAAGGCUGGAUGUACCUGUCCGUCCACUACAUGUGCUUCUACUCCAACAUAUUCGGACACAAGACCACAAUCAAGAUCCGAUGGGCCGAUGUGACGGAGCUAGCCAAGACCAACAGUUUACUGUUUCCGGACUCCAUCAAAGUGGUGACGAGGGAUGCGGAGCAUUACUUUACCUUGUUUUUGAAGAAAAAUGAGACGUAUGCGCUUAUGCAGCAGUUAGCGAAUAUUGCAAUGAAACAGUUGAUCGACGACAAAUCGGGCAGUUUCAAUAUAGACAAGGACCUUCUAACGAAACUCAGCAAAAACGUCCCAAAGAAACCCUCCUUCCUGAAACGAGACCUGGACGCGAGAAAGCAAUCUAAUCUCUACACGCUAAGGUUCAGAUUGCCGCAGACGGAAAAGCUGGACGGCUCCGAAGAGUGUUCCCUGUGGACGCCUUAUAAUAAAAGACAUAACUGGGGGCGGUUGUACUUAUCGCAGAAUUUCAUUUGUUUUGAUAGUCGGGUGCGUAACCUGGUCCGUCUGACUAUCCCGCUGCGCACCGUUCACCAAGUGGAGCGAGCGGACUCGGGCGGCACGGGCAGCUCGGACUCGGGCAGUAUCCUCAUCACCACCGCGCACCACACCAGCUUCCUGUUCGGCAACAUCUCCGACCGCGAGUUCCUGGUGCACAAGAUCUCGGAGCUGCUGGCGAAACUGCCCAAUGAUGUGUACAGGGAGAAGCCACACAAGAAGACCGAGGAGCCCUCGUGGGUGCCGCAGCCGCCGCUGAUGUCGCUGUUCUUGACGCAGCAGACUUCGCCCAUUAAGCAGAUACAGCAGAAAAAGGAAAAACAAUGGGAAGACCACAUGACCGACGUCGGUCGCGGUAUAAGCAUGUACCAAACAACGGCUGGUAGCGAGCUGGUCAUCAAUGGGAUACCAGAGUCACUCCGAGGCGAACUAUGGAGCGUCUUCUCUGGAUCCAUAUUACAGAAGACACAGAACAAAGGACUUUAUGAACGGCUGGUGAAUGAGGCGUUAUCUUCAAAGAAUCAGGCGAAUGAUGAGAUUGAAAGGGAUUUGCAUCGGUCGCUGCCCGAGCAUCCAGCCUUUCAGAAUAAUGUUGGCAUUUCGGCACUCCGUCGCGUCCUCUGCGCGUACGCGCUCAAGAACCCGACCAUCGGCUACUGCCAAGCCAUGAACAUCGUGGCUUCAGUACUGCUCAUAUACUGUCCGGAAGAGCAAGCGUUCUGGCUACUAGCCACUAUCUGCGAGACGCUACUGCCGGAUUAUUACAAUACGAGGGUCGUUGGCGCCUUGGUCGACCAAGGCGUCCUAGAAGAGCUAACAGAGGCCCACCUACCCGAGCUCCACGCGAAGUUAGACGAGCUCGGCAUGAUGAACAUGAUAUCCCUGUCCUGGUUCCUCACGCUGUUCAUCAGCGUCAUGCCCUACGAGUGCGCCGUCAACGUCAUGGAUUGUUUCUUCUACGACGGAGCUAAAGUCAUCUUCCAGGUGACGCUAAAGAUUCUGGACAUCAACCGGGACAAGUUGCUCAAGUGUACAGAGGACGGGCAGGCCAUGCAGGUGCUGAACGACUACCUGAAGGGCAUCUACAAUGAUGAGGCCAUGGCAUUAUCUACCGAGCCGAGGACCGCUGAGAAGAGCGUCAAAAUCCAAGAGAUCAUCUACCAGUCCUACCGCUCAUACGGACAGAGCGUGACACCGGAAUGUAUAGAACAUCUCCGCCUAAAGCACAGGCUGCGAGUGGUUCGGCAGUUAGAAGACAGCCUGGAAAGGAACACGCUGCGAGCGCUGCAGAUGGACCGGCUGCUGGAGCCACAGGAACUGCAGGAAUUGUUAAGUAUAAUCCGUGAAGAGCUCCUCUGGGCUAAACGCGUGCCGUGCGAGCGACUAGAAGCCCCAUACGAAGCGUAUAGACUGGACUACACACAGUUCAAGAACUUGUUCACUGCUCUGUCGCCGUGGGGGAAGGGGGAGUGCGCUGAAGCCAUCACUGCUAGGAUGUUCAAGCUAAUGGACAACGACAACGAUGGGUUCGUGUCGGCUCGCGGGCUAUCGCUGGCAAUCGGCGUGAGCGCGCGCGCAGAGGCGGCGCGGCGCCUGCGCGUGCUGUACUGCGCGCACGCGCCGCCGCUCGCCGACCUGCACGACGCGAGAGCCGCGCAAGCCGGCGCCGAGCUCGCCGCUGACGCCAUCUCCUUCUUCGACAGUGUAGAGAAUUCGUCCGGAGCUGAACCCGUGCCCCAAGAGCUGCAGCGGUCUAUAAGCGACGCCGGUGAUGCCGGCUACAUGGACAAAUCCAGCGACAGCUCCAACAGCCAAUCAGCAUCGAGCGUGGACCCCGUAGCGGAGUCCAUCCGCUCGUGCGCGUGGUCGGGCGUCGGGGCGGGCUCCGGCGCCUCCACGCCGGGCGCGGCGCCGCCCGCCGCGCCGCCGCUGCCGCGCGCGCACUUCCUGCAGCUGCUGGCCGCCAUACACUCGCUCACGCUGCACAAGGAUCAGCUGUACGAGGCGGCCGCACAAGCCGGUACGCUUCUCUUGAAGAUGGGUGAAUGGAACCACCGGCGGCCGAGUCUGGACCGCGAGAUAUCACAGGACAGCCUGUACUUGGCCGCCGCCGAAAAGCAGUCCGCGAUGCGACAAAUGGAUCCCAACGGCAACACAACCUCUGACCAAGAAACUGAGCCAUCUCCAUCAAAGGAAACCGAACCUUCGACGGACGACGAAUGGUCCAUUUCCCUUGAGCAGUUCCUCGCCACGAUGCUCUCGCAGGAACCUCUAGAGGCGUUCUUCAACGAGAAAAUAUCCAUAUUACCUGAUUUAGAAGCCUUGAAACAAAGAGACAGGCUUCAAUCGAUGUCGUGAAGGUAUUUGAAAACUAUAAAUGCAUUUCUAAUUGUGUAAGAGAUUUAAUGAGGCCUUUUGCGCAAUAUAUGCAUUGUAAAAUUGCUACGUCAUGUUCUAGCGAUUAUCUUUUGUUAAAAGUAUGACAGCAACUAAUAAGAAUAUGUACCCAUUGACCAAGCAAAGGGUUUUAGCGAUUAGUAACGCUCCCGCAAUGUACUUGUAUUUUGGUAUCUGUCUACCAGUAGUAUGUACUUUAUUUUGUAAUAGCAAUGAUACAUCGAUUGUAUUAGAUGUUUAAAGUCACGACAAAUUCGUGCUUCGAAUUUAAAACCUUAUGUAGAGGGCGCUGUAACUAGUCAAAAUCAGUUUCUUUUUUCGAUCUGUCAAAAAGAUUUUGCUACUAUGGAAUUUAUAUGAAACACUAGCAUGUGACGUCACGAUGAAAUUACUCCUCUUGGCGCCACUUGCACCAUCCCACAAACCCGAGGUUAACCGGUUAAACCUGGAGUUGCCAUUGUUUCCAGUACAAUUUGACACCAGGUUAACGCUUUAACCGCUUAACCCCGGGUAAGUAGGAUGGUGCAAGUGGCCCUUACUACUCUUAAUUACUACUCUUUAUAGUUUUAUACGGGUUUAAUAAUAGAAAUUGAUCAAAAAUAACUGCUGUCUACGUUUCUCUAUUAAUCUUCUGGUGAUUUAUUUCAUGCAUGGUGUAAAAUAAUUUAUUAAUAAAUACAGUCAAAUACUCUAUUUAGAUGAUGAAAGUUGACGUUUGACUAUUAUGUUAAUGCAAAACAGCUGGCGAUGUACAGCGCUAUCUUGUUUAGCUGUCAAAUUCGAAGGCACGAAUUUUCCUUUGACUUUACACAUCGUAUACAAUCAAUGAAUCUUUGUUAAUGGUAUCCGAAACGAUCUCUAUUUUGAAGAGUAGCGGCCCGAUUCGAACUUUAAGAUCUGUCGAUUAAAAGAUCUAGGAACGAGAUGGAUUAGAUGUGUCAGUGUCAAAGAUCUGUCAAUUAAAAGAUCUAGGAACGAGAUGGAUUAGAUGUGUCAGUGUCAAAGAUCUGUCAAUUAAAAGAUCUAGGAACGAGAUGGAUUAGAUGUGUCAGUGUCAAAGAUCUGUCAAUUAAAAGAUCUAGGAACGAGAUGGAUUAGAUGUGUCAGUGUCAAAGAUCUGUCAAUUAAAAGAUCUAGGAACGAGAUGGAUUAGAUGUGUCAGUGUCAAUAGUGACGUUUUUGUUUGAAGAAACGUCACAUUUGAGACUGACUCAUCUAAUCCAUAUCGUUUCUAGAUCUUUUAAUUAAUUGAUGUAUCUUAAAGUUCGAAUAGGGCAGUAGGUGUUUGUAUGGCGAGCUCCUAUUGUAUUGAUGUAUUACUUUUUCUGUUAGUAACUAACAUAUGUGCGAAUAUUUGUUUAUUUUACUGAUUAGUGUAACAUUAUCCUUUAAUUCUUAAACAAGAAAAUUACCUACGAUUGUUUUACUUGUAAAUAAAAUACUAAUAAAAUGUAACUUAAAAACGUUACCAAUACGUCUAGCUUUGAAUGCUACUAUUUUUUCAUUAAAAAUCGCAUAACUACCGAAUGCGCUGUGUUUUUAGGUCAAAAUUAUACAGGUAUGAUAAUAUAUGAAAUUUAUGGCCCUGUCUAAAUUUAUUGCUUUGUAUUUUUUUAUAAUUUGAAACAUUCGCAAUAUUCGCAUGAUAAGCGAUAAAAAAUAACAUUCCAAAUUUUAUUUUCUUAUUUUUAAUACUUUUUUUAAAUGGGAACAAAUGGGUUUUUCCUUAUGUAUUACCAUGAAUUUUAGUAAAAAGAGGUGAGUUAACGUUUGUAGCCAUUAUAAUAAUAUGAAUUGCCAAAACUUAGGAACGUGUUUUUUUUACAGAAUGGUAUUAUUUACAGAAAAAGAGAAACAUCAGUUAAUUUUUAACAUUCAAAGAAACAAAUUAGUUGUCUACAAUGUACAAUACUGCUAAUCUAUCAGGUUUAUUUUAAUCUCAUGCCAUUAAUUAUUUGAUUUCAUUAUACUUUAUUAUUAACUUUUUCAUAUAUUUUAAAAUCAACAAAAAACAUUGUUAUAGAUCUAUAUAGGCACUUUUAAAGUCCCAAGUUUUAUUUUUAAAUGAAUUUAUAAACUAGCCAUAUUAAUUAUAAUAUGUAGUUGUAUUAAUCAUAUUUUAUUUUUUAAGCUAAAUAUUUUUAGGAAAGUACUGAGGGAUUGCAUAUUUCAUAGCUUGCAAAUGCUUCAUAUGUAAAAUAAUGGUGCUUCGCUAAUAUACACCGUUUAUGGAUGUAGUGCAAUUAUUAAGUAUUGGACAGUUAAAGCCAAUGAACAAACCCCCUUGUUCAUAAAGGUCUACUAAAGUUGACAAGCCGAUAAAAAUCGUUUGUCCCUUCCGAUCAUAAUCCAUACCAAUACGUUGGAAAGGGACAAACGAUUAUUAUCGGCUUGUCAACUUUAGUAAACGUUUAUUAAUAAGGGGAUAAGUGUUUAUAUACCUUAUUUGUAUGGUAUCGCUGGUAUCCACGCGAAAUCGGUGCGAAAUAUUCCCAAGCACCUUAAAUCAUUUACUAAAACCAUAGACAGUAAAACUAUAGUAGACAGAUUUUGCGGUCUAGCGGUUUUGACUGAUGAUUUGAACUACAUGCUAGGGUUAGUCUAUACAGUCGUUCGACGAGGGGUGACGGGGCCCGCACCCAAACUGCAUACAUUGGCUAGCAAACGUCUAUACCUCGUUUUUUUUAGCAUUAGAAAUUAGGUAAACAAUCUUGAUGUGUCUUUUAAUUGAAAAACACAUUUUAAAAAUAAGUUACGGCAAAUAUGUAACAAUUAUGAAUCUAAUACGAUCAUUUAUAUUCUUCUUAUUUAAUAAGUAAUAGUUAUUGAUUUUUAAAAAGCGUUUUUCAAUUAAAAGACAUGCCAAGAUCGCUUCCCUUCUUUGAAGUUUCUUCUAAUGCUAAAAAAAACGAACUAUAGUAUACAUACUAAGAUCAUUUUGUCUAUGGUGAAAUCUAUGUAACUGUCUUUACGAUUAAAUACUUUUUUUUUCUUUAUAGCUAUAUUAUCGAAAUUGAAGUAUAUUUUUAUAAGCUUAUACUUAUGUUAACCAGUAAUACCAGAAGCCUCUACACAAAUUGGGUACGACCCGAUACCAGACAAUAUUGUAAUUGGAUGCUGAUACGCAAUAAUGUGUCAACCCACAUUGUUUUUUCAAUAAGAUGUCAACUCAAAAUAUUGACGCAUAAGGUUGAAAUUUUAUUGAAAAAUGGAUGUGGGAUGACUAAUUUUUGCUUAACACCAUCCAAUUUUAUUAUGCUUCUUAAAUAAGAAUAAGUCCCAUUAUUUAUAAAAAUAUGUAUGAAGUAUGUUUAGCCCUGUAGAGUCUAGUUUUGUAUUAUACAGUGUCAUGUUAUUAACAAAUCUUAUAUCUUAUCUCAACAGAUUAUUAAAGAAAUUAUGUUUUAUUCGUUUUACUUAAAAUUUGUCAAAGCACUGGAAAUUGCUUCAUCCAGAAAUUAACUACAUAUGUUAUUUUUUAGUUUAGUUGCAAAUUUAAACAGUCUAUAAAGUUUUCGAUCCUAUAACAAUCUUGAUGUAGAAAUCAUUCCUAAUGUAAUCUAUGCACAAUUUGGGGUUAUCUAAUUAUGUAUUCCAACCGUUUACCAGAUUAUUCUGUUAUACUAAAGAUCGUAUACAUGAAUACACUUGUUUGACGUUA